GGCUGUGCUGGCUUCCAAGCCUGCGAGCCAGCCCGCGACCACGUGGGGCAGUGGCGGCGGCGCGGGCGGAACCCUGGCUCCGCGGCUCGCGGCCUGCCCGGGCCUCUGCAGCUGGGGCGCCGGCGGAAGUGGGGGCGCCAGUAGCCGCGGACCUCGCCAAGACAAUGCAAACUCCAGUGACCAUUCCCGUGCCUGUGCUCCGGCUGCCCCGGGGCCCUGAUGGCUUCAGCCGUGGCUUUGCCCCGGAUGGACGCAGAGCCCCCUUGAGGCCAGAGAUUCCUGAAAUCCAGGAGUGUCCCAUAGCUCAAGAAUCCCUGGAAUCCCAGGAGCAGCGGGCCCGAGCCGCCCUUCGGGAGCGUUACCUCCGCAGCCUGCUGGCCAUGGUGGGUCAUCAGGUGAGCUUCACGUUGCACGAGGGUGUGCGUGUGGCCGCCCACUUUGGAGCCACCGACCUGGAUGUGGCCAACUUCUACGUGUCACAGCUGCAGACUCCCAUAGGUGUGCAAGCAGAGGCGCUGCUCCGAUGUAGUGACAUUAUUUCAUAUACCUUCAAGCCAUAAAGAUACUGUGUUCACUUUUCUGCUUGAGGCUAAGCCACUGUAUCCCAGGCCUCCCAAUGUUCCCAAGCCAGGAACUCUGGGCCCCAUGGAGUUAGGAGCUCCCUUGGAAUUUUGAGCCAAGCUUUAAGCAAGUCUGGACUCCUGAGACCUCCUGGGUCUAGUCAGUAAAAUUCUGCAACUCUAGGAAUUCUAAGAUCCCAUUGGAAGGAAUGCUCUACCUCACAGAACUCUGAACCCUACAGAAAUAUGGGCCUGCUGCCAUUUCCUGAAGACCGGGGCAUCGGAGUGGGGUGAUAAAGGAGACAACCUGCACAGGCGGAAGUUAUUAAAGAGACUGCAAAGUUCAGCCACCCUGAAGAUACUCCCCAGUGCUCCCCUCCUGCUAAAGAACCAGUUACCCCAGGAAAA